AUUCUGGGCUGAAAGCUAAGUGCCCCAUAUAUGUCUGGGUGAUGUUGAAACAGGUAAUAUUUCCUGAGAAGAACUCUCCUUCUUCUGGUGCUUUGAAGAACAUUCUGAAGACUGUAUAGGAGACAAUGCAUCAAGAAUCUAUUUAUUGAGUCCUUCUAAAACAAAAGCCAGGAACUCCCUAAUGUAAACACAUAGCGUUUAUUUUGAGGAGAAAAGACAUAGAUUAAAAAAAAAAAAAAGCAACCAUAAAGUAGACAGCCUAGUCCAAAAACAAAAACAAGAACAAAAAAUCCACUUUGGAAGAUGUCUCUGAACAACUCUUCCAAUAUAUUUCUGGAUUCAGUGCCAGGGAAUAGCAAUCGCUUUCAAGUUAAUGUCAUAAACGAGAGCCAUGAAAGCAGCGCAGCUGUGGAUAACAAUGCCGACCCUCCACAUUAUGAGGAAACCUCUUUUGGGGAUGAAACCCAUAACAGAUUCAGAAUCAGCUUUAGGCCUGGGAAUCAGGAGUGCUAUGACAAUUUCCUCCAAAAUGGAGAAAAUGCUAAAACAGAUGCCAGUUUUCAUGCUUACGAUUCUCACACAAACACAUACUACCUACAAACCUUUGGCCACAACACGGUGGAUGCCGUUCCCAAGAUUGAGUACUAUCGCAACACCGGUAGCAUCAGUGGGCCCAAGGUCAACCGACCCAGCCUGCUUGAGAUUCACGAGCAACUUGCAAAGAACGUCGCAGUGGCGCCAGGUUCCGCCGACAGGGUUGCUAACGGGGAUGGGAUGCCUGGAGAUGAAGAAGCCGAAAACAAGGAAGGGGAGGAUAAAGCCGGUGCUGUGAAGUUCGGAUGGGUGAAAGGUGUGCUGGUAAGAUGCAUGCUGAACAUCUGGGGUGUGAUGCUCUUCAUUCGCCUCUCCUGGAUCGUUGGAGAAGCUGGAAUUGGUCUUGGUGUGAUUAUCAUCGGCUUAGCCGUGACAGUGACUGGUAUCACUGGUUUAUCCACCUCUGCUAUUGCCACAAAUGGAUAUGUCAGAGGAGGUGGGGCCUACUAUCUUAUUUCCAGAAGCUUAGGGCCCGAGUUCGGUGGGUCUAUAGGCUUGAUCUUUGCUUUUGCCAAUGCCGUGGCUGUUGCCAUGUAUGUGGUGGGAUUUGCUGAAACAGUAGUAGAUCUUCUUAAGGAGAGCAAUUCAAUGAUGGUGGAUCCCACCAAUGACAUCCGGAUAAUAGGCUCCAUCACAGUGGUGAUUCUCUUAGGAAUUUCAGUAGCUGGAAUGGAAUGGGAAGCAAAGGCUCAGGUGAUACUCCUGGUCAUUCUCCUCAUUGCUAUUGCAAACUUCUUCAUUGGAACCGUUAUUCCGUCCAACAAUGAGAAGAAGUCCAGAGGUUUCUUUAACUACCAAGCGUCAAUAUUUGCGGAAAACUUUGGGCCAAGCUUCACAAAAGGGGAAGGCUUCUUCUCUGUCUUUGCCAUUUUUUUCCCAGCAGCUACUGGAAUUCUUGCUGGUGCCAAUAUCUCAGGAGACUUGGAGGAUCCCCAAGAUGCCAUCCCCAGAGGAACCAUGCUGGCCAUUUUCAUCACCACUGUUGCCUACAUAGGAGUUGCUAUUUGUGUAGGGGCCUGUGUGGUCCGAGAUGCCACUGGAAGCAUGAAUGACACCAUCAUUUCUGGGAUGAACUGCAAUGGUUCCGCAGCCUGUGGGUUGGGCUAUGACUUCUCAAGAUGUCGACAUGAACCAUGUCAAUAUGGGUUAAUGAACAAUUUCCAGGUCAUGAGCAUGGUGUCAGGGUUCGGCCCCCUCAUCACAGCUGGCAUCUUUUCUGCAACGCUCUCCUCAGCCCUGGCCUCCCUCGUCAGCGCGCCCAAAGUGUUCCAGGCUCUGUGCAAGGACAACAUCUACAAAGCCUUGCAGUUCUUUGCAAAGGGAUAUGGGAAAAACAACGAACCCCUGAGAGGAUACUUUCUUACUUUCGUUAUAGCCAUGGCGUUCAUUCUUAUUGCGGAACUGAACACCAUUGCUCCCAUCAUCUCCAACUUCUUCCUGGCCUCAUAUGCACUUAUUAAUUUCUCCUGCUUCCAUGCCUCAUAUGCCAAAUCUCCGGGAUGGAGACCUGCAUAUGGAAUUUACAACAUGUGGGUAUCUCUUUUUGGAGCUAUUUUGUGCUGUGCAGUUAUGUUUGUCAUCAACUGGUGGGCAGCUGUCAUCACCUACGUCAUUGAGUUCUUCCUCUAUAUCUAUGUGACUUACAAGAAGCCAGAUGUGAACUGGGGCUCCUCCACACAGGCUCUUUCCUAUGUCAGUGCGUUAGACAAUGCCCUGGAAUUGACUACCGUGGAAGACCACGUGAAAAAUUUCAGGCCCCAGUGCAUUGUCUUAACGGGGGGACCCAUGACAAGACCUGCUCUCUUGGACAUUACUCAUGCCUUUACCAAGAACAGUGGCCUUUGCAUCUGCUGUGAAGUCUUUGUGGGGCCGCGCAAGCUGUGUGUUAAAGAGAUGAACAGUGGCAUGGCAAAAAAGCAGGCCUGGCUUAUAAAGAACAAAAUCAAGGCUUUUUAUGCUGCGGUGGCGGCAGACUGUUUCCGAGAUGGUGUCCGAAGUCUCCUUCAGGCCUCGGGCUUAGGAAGAAUGAAACCAAACACUCUGGUGAUUGGAUAUAAAAAAAACUGGAGGAAAGCUCCCUUGACAGAGAUUGAGAACUAUGUGGGAAUCAUACAUGAUGCGUUUGACUUUGAGAUUGGUGUGGUCAUAGUGAGAAUCAGCCAAGGGUUUGACAUCUCUCAGGUUCUUCAAGUACAAGAUGAAUUAGAGAAAUUGGAACAGGAGAGGCUGGCUUUGGAAGCUACUAUCAAAGAUAACGAAUGUGAAGAAGGAAGUGGAGGAAUCCGAGGCUUGUUUAAAAAAGCUAGCAAGCUGAACAUUACUAAGCCAGCUCCUAAGAAAGACAGCAGCAUGAACACAAUCCAGUCAAUGCACGUGGGGGAGUUCAACCAGAAACUGGUAGAAGCCAGCACCCAAUUUAAAAAGAAGCAAGGAAAAGGCACAAUUGAUGUGUGGUGGUUGUUUGAUGAUGGAGGGUUAACACUCCUUAUCCCCUAUAUCUUGACUCUCAGAAAAAAAUGGAAAGACUGUAAAUUAAGAAUCUAUGUUGGGGGGAAGAUCAACCGCAUUGAAGAAGAAAAAAUUGCAAUGGCUUCUCUUCUGAGCAAAUUUAGGAUCAAAUUUGCAGAUAUCCAUAUCGUUGGUGACAUCAACAUUAAGCCAAACAAAGAGAGCUGGAAAGUCUUUGGAGAGAUGAUUGAACCAUAUCGUCUCCAUGAAAGCUGCAAAGAUUUAACAACUGCUGAGAAAUUAAAGAGAGAAAGCCCAUGGAAAAUUACAGAUGCAGAACUGGAAGCAGUCAAGGAAAAGAGCUACCGCCAAGUUCGACUGAACGAACUGUUACAGGAGCACUCCAGAGCCGCUAAUCUCAUUGUCCUGAGCCUGCCAGUGGCAAGAAAAGGAUCUAUAUCCGAUUGGUUGUACAUGGCUUGGUUGGAAAUCCUCACCAAGAACCUCCCUCCUGUUUUACUAGUUAGAGGAAACCACAAAAAUGUCCUGACAUUUUAUUCUUAAUCCAUGAAAAGAUUUGAACACAUCUUAACUUCAUGUAUGAAUAAAUAAGAAACGCAUUCUAGUGCUUUAUGUUGUAAAUCUGAUCUGUGGAUAUACAAACCUGAGACAGUCACACAGGAUUCCAUAUAAACCAUGUCAGCAUUAUUUUUUUUUUUUUCAUUAUAUAUUGGGGGCUGCUUUUUUUCUAUCAGCCUCGGAUAAUGCCACCCCUAGAAAAACAUCGUUAUUGUUGCAGUUGUUGAUAAACAAGGAAAUUAAAGAAACCAUGCUGGCUUGUGCUCCUAAAAAUCACAAAUUUCCUUGUAAACUUCUCCAGGCAAACCUAAUCUCGUGUUUGCUGCUAGGCCCCUGUAUAGAGGCCUCAGCCCCACAGCAGGUCCUCAUUAAAUGCUUAUUGACAGGCUAGUCAGUAACCGUGGGUGGUUAUCAAAGGCAAAGACCAGCUGGGCAGGAACUACGAUUAUGCUUGGCCUUCUGAGAGGCUUAUACCUACAAAGAAGAUUUGAAAAUCAAUAACUGAAAACUUUAAGAAGUCCUUGAGUCUACAAAAUGUUUAAAGCAGUUACCUAAAUAAGGUUAUUUAAUGUAACACAGCAUAUAUACUUAGAGAGAUCUGAGCGAUCAUUGAUAACCUAUGGCCUCAAUUUGCUGCUGACUGAAGAGUAUGUUAGCUGGAUUAGAAGGCGACAGUGUUCCAAUUAGAUGAACUAGAUUCCAUUUUUAAUAUAUAAAAUUUGUUUUGCCUGCUAAAUAUUUUGGAAUCUCCAUCAUAGGAUGACUUUGCAUAUUUGUUUCUAAUGAAGUGGUUAGCACAGAUGAGAUCUUUGUAGAUUUCUAAUUGAAAACCAAACACCACCAAUUUUCAAAUCAUUAUAAAGAAAUAUAUCCUGAAUCAUAUACUUGGUUACUCUAUAUACUGAUUGUAUGGAUUGUAAGGAAUAAUUAAAAGGUGAAGUGGAGAAACUGACAAAAUUACAAAAUUGUGUGUUGUGUAUAAUGUACAAGUGUUGAUUUUUUCAUUUUAUUAAUAUUCCUGUAAUAUCUAAUCACAUUGAAAAACCAACAAAUUUCUUUUAUGAUGGAUGAGUUGAUUUUUUUUUUCUUAACAUGUUUUGACUGUUUAUUCUGUUAAAAUAAAAGGAAACAAUGAACCU